UUGCGCCAAUUUUACCUGCAAAAGAUUGAAAGGCUUUCUUUCAAUUACUAACUCAAUUGGGUUUGGUGCAUUCAUUCCGCAGACUUUGCAGAAACAAUUCUGUAUGCUUCCGGCAUUUGUAGUGCCCACGAGGGUCUAUAUUUAGCUUUCGGGUAUUUUUCGCGCUGUUUUGUGUUUUGAAUUAAAGGAUUUUAAACGUCAGAAUCACCCCCGCACCGUUAUCUUUGAGUGCGUGAGCAUGUGUCACUGGAGUGACGAUGCUGCAUAUUUACAUGCUUAAUAUGAAAUGAAUGACAGUUUCAAGAUUGGUGAGAGCGUGCGAAUGCAGUGUCUUCUGUACAAAUGCCGCUGGGAAGCUGCUGACAGUUUGCACGCUAUGGACUGAAUCUUCACUAUUAUACAGCAGAAUGGCUGAACACCCAUUGUGGGAACAAAUCGGUAGAAGUUUUGUGCAUCAUUAUUAUCAACAGUUUGAUCUAGACCGAAAUCAGCUUGGCACUCUGUAUAGUGACACUUCCUGCUUAACAUGGGAAGGACAACCUUUCCAGGGGAAAGCUGCAAUAAUGGAGAAAAUAGCUAGCCUACCAUUUCAGAAAAUUCAACAUAGUAUAACUGCAGAGGACCAUCAACCAGCACCAGACACUUGUGUUCUGAGUAUGGUUGUAGGGCAGCUAAAGAUGUGUUCGAACAUGCAGUCUUUAAUCAACUGGGGACAAAACUCCAAGUUCAGUAGUACACAAAACUUGGAAUUAUGCAAUUGCUGCCUAUCACAUGCCUCGUCUGAUUUUGAAUUAAUUGGAAAAGGAAAUCAAACGUAAUUCAUCACAGGCAGAGAUCCUUCACCACUGAACACCAAGAUGGUGGUGGAGUAGAGCUCCCAAGCCCAGGGCUAAUCCACUCCAUCUGCCUUUGCGUUUCUUCUUUUUUCCCCCUUUUUCUUCUGUGAUUGCAGCUACUGGACCCUAUGGACUUGUAGAGGAAGAGGAGUUGGUGAAGGGGCAAGCAUGGAACCUGGUAUCAUAUUUGGUUGAUACAUUUGGCGAAGGUAACGUUGGCAUGGUAGGCCCAGUGUCUGAUGAUCAGCGACUUGGCCGUUAUUUGGGUCUGGCACUAGUGGCAGCAAAACAGUGGCAAAAUGAACAUCACAGCAACGUCUGCAGUUGGCAUCAGAAUCAAACAUGUUGGGAUCAAGAUUAAAGUGGUGCUGGAAAAGCACAUCAG